AUGCUACUGCUGCGCCUGGCUCUGACUCCCGCCAGGGCCCACCCUCUGGAGGCGAGGGCGGAGAGGUGCCGUGCCAUGCGGGAGGUGAGGCCGUAUCGGCGCACCGUGCACCACUGCGUGCCCUGGACUCAACCAUCCCCCCUCCCCCAAACAGGAAGUACAAAUGCGCCUGGCUGCUACCCCUGCGAGGGCCCUGCCUUUGGAGGCGAGGGCGAAGAGGAAGUGCUGCUGCGCCUGGCAAGCACCCCAGCAAGAGCCCUCCCUCUAGAAGCCAGAGCGGAGAGGUGCCGAGCCAUGCGCGAGCUGAGGCCGUGUGGGCGCACCGUGCACCACUGCCUGCUGCCCUGCCGCCACGCCUGCCUCUGCGGGGAGUGCGCCCAGCGCUGCUCCGCCUGCCCCGUCUGCCGCUGCCCCAUCGGCGUCCCUGCUUCCGCUGCUGCUUCCGCUGCUGCAGCUUCCCCUGCUGCUGCUUCUGCUGCAGGAGUAGCAGCAGGGGAAGGGGGUUCCGCGCGGCAGUCCGGCGAGCGGAUUCACAUCCGUCUAUACGACUCCUGUGUAGAUGCUGGCCUUGUCAGCCCUCUCAAAGACGUGGUUAAAGACUCCGGAUGGGGGGGCGGAGCGGCAGGGGGAGCAGCAGGGGGAGGCGGAGGGGGGAUUGGGGGCCUGGGGGCGGACGCUCAGGGGUGUCCCAUGGACGUGCGGCGGCUGUUUGCGCUGUUUGACAUUGCGCUGGACCGCGGGCUCGUCACUCUCAUCUGCCACUACGUGGAGGAGGUAUGCAUGGACGAGGCAGCGGUCUCCAGCGAUCCAGUGCUCUCUCUCCUGCUGGACCCCAGGCUCGUGCUCGAGUGGGCGCAGAGGACCUUCACCGGGAUUAAGAGGACGCUCAGGGAUUUAUACGCCUCUGGCAUCACUGAUCGUCGCAUGGAUGAUGCCACCUGCCUGGCCAUGCGCCUGCAGGGGAUUUCUCAGGUGCUGGCAACACUGCAGGGCGCAGACGACCCCCUGGCGCAGCAGCAGGCGCAGAUGCAGCAGGGGGAGGCGGAGGGGGGGAGAGGGGGGAGCGGAGGACUGGAGGGGCGCAAGGGGCAUGAGUGGGUGGCUGGGAGGCUGGCGGAAGCUGUUGCAAGAGCAUCCCAGGGGGAAAGUGGGGGAAAACGGGGAAGGGGUGGGAGAGGGGGAGGGGAGGGGGUGGGAGCGGGGGAACGGAGGGGCGGUAGGGGCAUGAGUGGGAGGCUGGCGGAAGCUGUUGCAAGAGCAUCCCAGCAUCUGGACGUGAUGCAGUGGGCUGCCAAGAACCGAUUCUUCGAGGGCCUUCCUCCCCGCCACUCGUCGCACGCCACGUGGCGCGCCGUGAUUCGCCAGAGGAAGCAGGCGGCAAACGAGACAGCCUGGCCGGAGUUCCUUGGCGUAUCUGCUGCUGCUGGCGCUGCUGGCUCCGUGCUUGGAGCAGGGGGAGGGGGAGGAGGCAAGGGAGGGGGAGCGGGAGGGGCAAAGGAACAGCAGCAGCAGAAUGGGAAGUUGUUGUUUAUUGAUGACGCAAUAGACAGCCUCAAGGAAAGCAGCAGAGAAGGCAGUAAGGAGAGCGCAAGUGGUGCAUCUUGUGCGAAUCCCAUAUCUGAUUCCCCCUCGCUGUUGAGUUGCGACCAGCUUGACUUGCUGUCUCUCAAGCAACCAGUACCCACCACCCCACCUGCUGCUUCCGGGAAGUUUCUCCUGCAGGGAGGGAGUCCUGGGUUAGUGGGUGGAGGAGGAGGAGCAGCAGCAGCGGCGGGGUUUCAAUACCCUCCGGAGAAUUUCCGGGCAGCGGUCGAUUUUUUGUUUUUGGAGGCGGGUGCUGAUCUAGCUCUGGCCAAGAAAGCAAUUUUCCUAUACUACCUCAUUGAUCGCUUCUACCAGGGAGGGCAGAGCGAGGGGCAGCAGCGGUGGCGAGGGCUGGUGGAGGACUUUGGGGCGAGCAUGGACGUGGGCGACGGACACGUGGUGGAGACGAUGGUGAUGGUGAUGCUGGAUGAGCACACUGGCGAGGGACUAGAGGAGGCUUGCUCGCUGAUACCCCACCUCAUCUCCCUCUCCUCUCCCUCCUCUUCCUCCUCCUCCGCGGCCCCUCCCAUUCAUCCCCGAAUCGCUCGAGUCUUGAUCGAACGAGGCAAGCCCGAGCCUGCGCUCCAGAUCCUCCGAGCCUGUAGCCCAGGCCCGGCAAUCUUCCAAGCCAGCAGCACCCCAGGCUUAGCAACCCCCAUUUUUCCGGACCUGGCGGUGCCUCUGGAGGAAGCGGUUACUGCGCUGCGAGUGCUUAUAGAGAAUCGGCUCUUAACAGAGGCUUUCCUGUACCUUAGAGCCUACUGCAAGCAACCACAUAUCAGCGACCCCUCUUCUCCUCACCCAUAUGCUGAUGCUACUGAAGCUGCUGCUGAUGGUGCGGAUGCUGCUGCUGCUGCUGCUGCUGCUGAGAGUGCAACUAACGAAGCAGCCAAGGGUGCUUAUACAGAAGCAGUGGAUGUGCUUGUAUCGGAGCUCUUCUGGCUAGCAGUGAGACACCAGGCAGUGCCCGAGGUGCUGGCGUUCCCCUGGAGGGGCAGGGAGGGAGCAGUGCUACAGCGCUGCUUGUUAACCCGCACGGCACAGCAGCCAGAGGGGGCAUGCGGCACGCUUCUCGUGCUCUUCCAUGUGGAGAGGGCACGGUACAAGGCAGCACUGUUGGCGCACAAGCAAGUCUGGGCUAUAGAGGCAGCAGUAGAGGCAGAGCAGGAGAGUGAAGAUGCCAAUAACGGGGAUGAGGAGGGGCAGCAGGAGGACGGACAGGAGGGAGGGAGUGAGGAUGGAGAGGAGGAGGAAGGAGGAGGAAGUCCUAUGGAUGCUUCAGCUGGUUCUGCUGCUGGUGGUGGUGCUGGUGUUGCAGCGAAUGGAGCAAGAAAAAGGAGAGGGGCGAAGGGAUUGACGGUUCAGCUGCGCAAAAAGAGGAUAAGUCUGCUGGAGUCAGUGCUUCGACUCAUCGCUCCUUCCGAGCACCAGCAGAUCGUCCAAGCACAUGGCGAACCCUCUGCCUUCCCCACCACAACCACCACAGCCAUCCCAGCCAGAACAGGACUAGUCAAGCCAGACGCCAGAAGUCAACCAAAAGCAAUCACCAAAGUUCCUUCCGCUGCAGCCCUGCCACGCAAGCCCAUGCAGCCAGUUCAGUCGCCUUCAGCUAAGGCCUCCUCUCCCAAAGCUGCUCCCGCCCCCCACUUCGGCUCUCCGAUACUUAGUGGUGGGGCGGGUGCAGCAUCCCUCUCAGGUUCUCCCCUCUCGUUCCCGAAAUCCUCUAGCAAAUCUCAACAGCAGCAACAUCAGCAGCAGCAGCAGCAGCAGCAGCAGCCACUGUCACUCUUCUCCUUUCCAGCAGCUCCUGCCUCCCCUCCGCCUUUCACUUCAACUGCUACAGCUGCUCCCACUGCUCCCAGCCAAUCAGAGCUCCCGCUUCAGCGAAAACUUUUUGGAUCUGGGCAGUUUGGGCAGCAAGGACCCGUAGGCACCAGUCCAGUGCCCUUAGCAAGAGGGGCAACAGCGCCAGUACCCCUGGGAAAUGCGCAGGUGUUGCAUCAGAACCCCCUCACCACCACCGGCAACGAGCCUGCUGCAGCUUUCAAGGACUCGGUUGGUGUGUUCAGGCCCUUUCCUGAGGGCCCAGACAGCUCCUCUGCAGCUGCUGCUGCUGCUGCUUCUGCUGCUGCUGGACAGCCAUCUCCCUUCCCCUCCCCUCCGCCAUUUAACUUUGCAAACCCUACUGGCAGUGUUCUACUAUCUGGGCGAGCUCACCGACUCUCUAGUGCUCCCAUAUUUGUGCUCAACGCAGUGCAAACGAACUUCAACCUUUUCCUCUCGUAUGCGUGCAUGGGUUCACCUGUGCAGGUGUUUUACUAUCUGGGCGAGCUCACCGACUCGCUCACGUACGCGCUUGGCGCGGGGUCCCUCUUUGACGUCUCGGAGGACUCGGAAUACGUGCAGACGCUCAUUGGUGCGUGCGUGGGUGCAUGGGCGAACGGGCGCAUGGCCAAGUGCAUUGACGAGUACAUGGACUUGAGUGUCAAGAGCACCGAAUCCCAUGACCCAAUGUGCACCAUUCGCCCCCUGUGCUAUUCCUCCAAGUGCAUUGACGAGUACAUGGAUCUCAGUGUCAAGCGCGCCGACUCCCAUGACCCUGACGCCGACUAUCCUCUUGACCCGCGCCUCGUGGCCAUCGUAGAGAGGAUGCUGGACAACUGCAUUGAGGAGCGUCAGUUCCAGCAGGCCAUCGGAGUGGCGCUGGAGUGCCGCCGCCUUGACAAGCUCGAGGCUGCCGUUGCCAGGAGUGGCAACUCUUGCUCCCUGCUCGCCUACUGCCUCCAGGUCUCUCAUUCCCUUGUCAACCGCCGACAAUUCCGGCAGCAGGUUUUGUCAACAUUGGUGCGUCUAUAUCAGCAGGCAGAGACCCCCGACUACGGCAGCAUAUGCCAGAUGCUCAUGUUCCUCAGCGACGCAGCAGGGGUGGCGGCGACACUGGACCGACUCAUCAAGGGGCAGAACGAGUCGGACGCUUUAUUAGCGUACCAGGUCGCCUUUGACCUGUUUGAGAACGAGUUUCAGCAGUUCCUGCUGUCUGUGAGGGAUGCUCUGCCUGACCCGCCGCCCCCGCUUGCGCCUGCCCCGGCUGUUCCGGCUUCUGCUGAUGCCGAUGCCGCUGUUGCUGCUGCUGCUCCGGAGGCGGAUGGUGCUUCUGCUGCUGCUGCCCCUGAUGCGGGUGCUGAGGUGGCUGCUGCUGGUGAUGCUGUAACAGGCGCCGCAGCAGCUGAGGGAGGCAGUGCUGCUGGUGCAACCGAUGCGGCUGCAGCAAUGGAGACGGAGGAAGGGAAGGAGGGAGAAGGAGCAGCAAAGGCAGAGGGCGGAGAGGCGACAGAUACGGCUACAGCAGCUGCUGAAGAUGGGGCAGCCAAACCUGCUGCCGAGGUUGACGGGACAAGCACCAUGGACACUACCGAGGCAGCUGGUUCUGGUUCGGCCGAAGCUGCAGGUUCGGGGGAGGGCGAGGCAGCUGCCGAGGCUGCGCCGAGCGAGGAGGUGGUGUAUGCAGAGCGACUGGCGAAGCUGAAGGGGAUUCUGACGGGGGAGACUCCGAUCGGCCUCACCCUGCAGUUCCUGUAUAGCCACAACAAGGCGGACCUGGGAGUGCUGAAGGCGAUCAAGCAGGUGGUGGAGACGCGCAACAGCGUGUGCCACAGCGCCACCAUCGUAGCCAACGCGUUCAUGCACGCUGGCACGACAGUUGACACCUUCCUCAGAGACAACCUGGACUGGUUGAGCCGGGCGACCAACUGGGCGAAGCUGAGUGCUACAGCCGGCCUGGGGGUGAUUCACAGGGGCCACCUGCAGCAGGGGCGCUCCCUCAUGGCGCCCUACCUGCCCCACGGGGCUGGGGGCAGCGCAGGGGCAGCGGGCGGGCUGAGUGGGAGUGCGUAUUCGGAGGGCGGGGCGCUGUACGCUCUGGGGCUCAUUCAUGCUAACCACGGGGAGAGCAUCAAGGGGUUCCUGCUCGAGAGCCUCCGCAACACCAGCAAUGAGACAAUCCAGCAUGGCGCGUGCCUGGGCGUGGGUCUGGCGGCGAUGGGCACCGGCGACGAGGAGGUGUAUGAGGACGUGAAGAGCGUGCUCUACACUGACAGCGCUGUUGCGGGCGAGGCAGCAGGGAUUGCCAUGGGGCUGCUGCUAGUUGGGUCGGCGAGCGAGCGGGCAGCGGAGAUGCUGGCUUAUGCCCAUGACACGCAGCACGAGAAGAUUAUCAGAGGCCUGGCGGUGGGGAUUUCCCUGGUCGUUUACGGCCGGGAGGAAGAGGCCGAUAUUCUCAUCCAGCAAAUGACGACGGACGCCGACCCGAUCCUGCGCUACGGCGGCAUGUACGCCAUCGCCAUGGCCUACCGCGGCACCGCCAACAACGGCGCCAUUCGGCAGCUUCUGCACUUUGCCGUCAGUGACGUCAGCGAUGACGUCAGGCGCGCCGCCGUGCUGUGCCUGGGCUUUGUUCUCUGUGCGGAGCCGGAUCAGGUCCCCCGAAUGGUCUCUUUACUCGCGGAGUCCUUCAAUCCCCACGUGCGCUACGGGGCAGCCAUGGCGGUCGGCAUUGCAUGCGCCGGCACGGCCCAGCGGAGCGCCCUGGACCUGCUGGAGCCGCUCACAUCGGACGGGGUGGACUUUGUGCGGCAGGGGGCGCUGAUGGCUACGGCGAUGGUUCUCAUGCAGUGCUCCCAGGAGCGACAGCCCCGCGUCGUGCCCUUCAGGCGCCAACUUGAGAAGGCCAUUCACGACAAGCAUGAGGACACCAUGUGCAAGAUGGGAGCCAUCCUCGCUUCUGGUAUCCUCGACGCCGGAGGCCGCAACGUCACCAUCUCGCUCCGCUCCCGCUCGGGCUACGACCGUGUAACUGCCGUCAUCGGCAUGGCUCUUUUCACGCAGUACUGGUACUGGUUCCCGCUGCUGCACUUCCUCUCACUCUCCUUCUCUGCAACGGCGCUCGUCGGGCUUCAGGGGGAUCUCAAAGCGCCGAAAUUUGAUUUCGUUUCGGAGUGCCGCCCGGGGUUGUUUGCGUACCCGCCGCCCGCUGUUGUGGCGAGAAGCAGCACUGCCGUGAAGGCUCCGGUUGCGGUGCUGUCGACUGCUGCGAGGGCGAAGGGGAGGGCAAAGGAGAAGGAGGAGAAGAAGGAGAAGGAGGAGGAGAAGAAGGAUGGGGGAGAGGGGAAGGCUGGGGAGGGUGGGGCGAUGGAUGGGGUGAAGGGGGGAGAGGAGGAUGGAGGGAAGAAGGGAGAGGAGAAGAAGGAAGGAGAUGCUAUGGAGGUUGAGGGGACCGAGACCACUCCCAGUGCUGCUGCUGAAGCCAAGAAACCGGCUGAGCCAACGUAUUUCAUCUCUACCUUCACCCUUUAA